CUCACCAUUUGUUAGUACAUCGCCGGCCGGCCGGCCGCGCCCUCGACCCUCUCCGGCUUCUCUUUCCAACUCACCGUUGGCAAGAGAGGAGGAGGAGGAGAUCGAGGACGAUGGCCGUGGCCACCCCAUUGUUAUUGUUUCUGCUGCUGGCACUGACUCUGGCUGUGGCCGUCGCGCGAGGCUACCCUGCCGACGUCGUCUUGAACCCACCAUCAGAGGCGCCAACAGCAGGCAUGGGCGGGCUGGUGUCGGCGACGAACGGGACGGGGGCGUACAAGGGAAUGGCGAGGGAGUUCGUGGACGGGCACAACAAGGUGCGGGCGCGAUACGGGGUGGCGCCGAUGAGGUGGGACAACAAGCUGGCGAGGCAGGCGCGGCGGUGGUCGAACGGCAUGCGCGGCGAGUGCGUGCUGAGGCACUCCGGCGGCGGCAGGUACGCCGAGAGCCUCUUCAUCGGGCGGAUCGCCAGCGCCAGCGACGCCAUCAACAAGUGGUCCACCGAGGAGGGCAUCUUCGACAGGCAGACCGGCAAGUGCACCGGCGCCCUCGACUUCCACCACUGCGGCCACUUCGCCUUCAUCGUCAGGCCCAACUUCAGCAGGGUCGGCUGCGGCCGCGCCGAGUGCUUCAACGGCGGCGUCUUCAUCACCUGCAACUACUACCACGACUGACCUCCUCCUCGACUUCCUUCCUUCCUUCCUUCCUUUCUUUCUUUCUUU